GCGCCAAUCCCCCCUCCGCCAUUUUGUAAGGAUAUAAGAAAUACUGGCAGGUCUACCUCCCGUCUACGACAACCUGUAGUUUUGUGUAGUGCCAUGGACGGCCGUUUAGAAACUGAUCUGUAUCCUCUAGGAUCCAGUUACGUCACUGAAAUAGACAGUGUCCAUGAUAUAACGGUCGGCACAAAGAGGGGAUCUGACGAACUCUUUUCCUCCUGCAUAUCUAACGGACCUUAUAUAAUGAGCUCUGGAGCAGCAAAUGGUAAUGACAGCAAGAAGUUCAAAGGGGACAUCAGGAGCCCAGGCAUUCCUUCACGAGUCAUUCAUGUCCGUAAACUGCCAAAUGACAUCAACGAAGCAGAAGUCAUUUCUUUGGGGCUUCCCUUUGGCAAAGUGACCAACCUUCUGAUGCUGAAAGGAAAGAACCAGGCCUUCCUGGAGAUGAACACUGAGGAGUCAGCACAGACCAUGGUCAGCUACUACUCCUCUGUCACCCCUGUCAUCCGCAACCACCCAAUCUACAUGCAGUAUUCCAAUCACAAGGAGCUAAAGACUGACAACUCACCCAACCAAGUUAGAGCACAGGCAGCACUGCAGGCGGUGAAUGCAGUCCAGACAGGAAGCAUGUCUUUGAGCACUGUUGAUGGAGCAGGCAUGGGGAGCCAGAGCCCUGUGCUGAGAGUCAUUGUUGAAAACCUGUUCUAUCCGGUUACUCUUGAUGUUCUUCACCAGAUCUUCUCAAAGUUUGGCACAGUUUUGAAGAUUAUAACCUUUACCAAAAACAACCAGUUUCAAGCGCUGGUCCAAUACUCAGACGGAAUGACUGCUCAGCAUGCAAAACUGUCUUUAGAUGGACAGAACAUCUACAAUGCCUGCUGUACGCUUCGCAUUAGUUUCUCUAAGCUCACCAGCUUGAAUGUUAAGUACAACAACGAUAAGAGCAGAGACUACACUCGCCCCGACUUACCUACAGGAGACAGUCAGCCCUCCCUCAAUGCACAGACGAUGGCUGCAGCUGCCUUAACUGCUCCUGGUAUCAUCUCUGCAUCACCAUAUGCUGGGGCUCAUGGUUUCCCACCAACAUUUGCCAUUCAACAGGCCGGUCUGUCUCUGCAGGGUGUACCUGCCGGGGCUCUCGCAUCACUUGGUGUCCCUGGUGCUGCGGCAGCCGCGGCGGCAGCAGCCGCUGCGGGACGUCUGAGUCUUUCCGGUCUUGCUGCUGGAGGAAACAGUGUCCUGCUGGUCAGCAACCUUAAUCCUGAGAGCGUUACGCCCCAAUGCCUCUUUAUUCUUUUCGGUGUGUAUGGUGACGUCAUGAGAGUGAAGAUCCUGUUCAACAAGAAAGAGAAUGCUCUGGUGCAGAUGUCUGAUGGAACCCAAGCCCAGCUAGCCAUGAGCCACUUGAAUGGGCAGAAGCUGUAUGGCAAGGCUCUGCGGGUCACCCUUUCCAAACACACCACUGUGCAGCUGCCACGUGAAGGUCAUGAGGAUCAGGGGCUCACCAAGGACUACAGCAACUCUCCUCUUCAUCGCUUCAAAAAGCCAGGCUCCAAGAACUACUCCAACAUCUUCCCUCCUUCCUCUACUCUCCAUCUUUCCAAUAUCCCACCUUCUGUCACUGAGGAUCAUCUCAGAGGCUUGUUUCUAAGUUCAGGAGCUGUGGUUAAGGCCUUUAAGUUCUUCCAGAAAGACCGAAAAAUGGCUCUCAUCCAGUUGGGCUCUGUGGAGGAAGCCAUCGAGUCCCUGAUCAAAUUUCACAAUCACGACCUGGGAGAGAACCAUCACCUCAGAGUGUCUUUCUCCAAGUCCACCAUUUAAUGGAGGCCGUUUUGUUUUAGAGAAGGUGAAAGAACUGUCACUUUAGACCAAACCUUAAGCCUUCCACAAUUUAUAUCACUGUGGACAAAAGUGUUCCACAACACACACUUCAUCAUUCCUUUAUUAUAUCUAUAUCACACAUGUAUGUCUAUUUGUAAUUCCACUUUGAACCAGUAGACCAGAGGAACUAAACCCAAUGUGACUUGGGUUUCAAUAGUACCUUUUCUCAGACGGUUUGUCUCAUGAUUUAGUUAAUCAUCAGCACACAUCGGUUUUGGAUCAUAGAUGCUGCAUAGUUUACACUUGUGCCUCCGCGGAAAGCCGCACCCUUUCAGGUUGCAUACGCAGAGCCUUUUGUUUGUUGAACCUAUAAUUAACGUUUUCAAAGCUAUUCCCUAUUCGCCUUUCCAAAAGAAGCAACUGUGCCUUACAUGGUGCUUUCAGUAUAUCAUCUUAAUGGCCUUAGUAAUGUCAUGAUGGUUUUGGCUUCUUUGCAGGAACCAUUAACCUCAAACAAAAAAAAAAAAACUGCCUGAUGUUCCCUGUUUAAAGUUGACUAGUGAGCACACAGGAAUAUUUUUUUCCUGUGAAAGGCAGCAACUAGUUCAGGCUUUGGCUUUUGUACCUGAUUGUCACAGCUUAUUUUGCAUAUAGUUAUUCUAUAUAUGUGGUUCUACUCCUUAUGCACCGUUUGUAAGAUAUUCUAUAUUCUAUAGUUUCAUUCCAUGUUAUUUUAAGUCGCACACAUAUUUGUAUACUGUAUCAUCUAUUUGGGCAUUGGCCCACUGCGCUCUCUGUGCCUAGACCAUUGUGUUCUUUAUUUAGUUGGGAGCGGGACACUUAAUUUUUUUUUUUUUUUUUUUUUUUUCCUUUCCUUUUUUCCUCCCCCUCCCUUUUUCUUAUGGUUUUUGUCAAAUAUGAAACCAUUUAGAACCAAAUCAGAGUUCACCUUUGAUUUUUAUAUCAUUUUUGGUUCUGUUUCGUGUAGCGAAGGAUGUCAAGUUCACAAGAGUUUUAAUGAACUUGUAAACAGAGUUCAUUUGGACCUUCCAGAGCUUAAGUUUCUACUGGGUCUCUUUCUGUCACUUGCCUUUUGUGUUAAAGAAUAUUAGCAUUACAAAGUCUUAAGCUCCAGUGUGAUGUUUGUGUGAACCGAGACAGCUGUGACACGACUUUAGACUGUUUUUAGCACUUGGAAAUAUUAAGGCCAUGGUCUUUCGGUCACAUCCAUUUCAUGUGGAUUGUGGCAUGAGUCUUGAUGCACAGACAUUCCCUUUUACUUUUCAGCUUGUGCUAUUGGGGACAUUCUCAGUUUCUUUUAUCCUUUCGAUUUAGCAGAAUAUUGGCGUUACUGACAGGUGUUGAGCUUGUUCGGGUGGGUAUUCUUUCUUUCUUUUUUUUUUUCCUGAAGAGUAGCAUGAUGGACCAAAGCAUCUUCCCUGUUAUGCCAGCCAGUUUUUGAUAUCUUAUUGAGGUGUAUCUUUACUGUGCAGCCAGCGACGUUCUGUUUCAUCAACAGCUUUGAUUUCUGUGGCCAGAAGGCAAAAGAAAUUGAGGGCUUGUGUAUAUUAUUGCCUUUGUUUACAAGAAGCAAUGCAAGAUCUUGAAAACAUUACAAAUUAGAAAAGACGUUGUGGGCUUUUUUUUAGCCUCAAGUAUGUAUCAGAUUAUUUUUUCUGUUGUCAGAACAGAACCAAACAGAAGUCUUAAAGUAGCGUCAGAGCUCCUUUCUAUUGCGUUAGUUCUACUUCCUUUUUUUUUUUUUCCCAGUGUGGAUGUAAUGUUGAGAAACGGAGUGGGUGAGGGCUACUGUAUAUAUUUUUUUGUUUUGUACAAGUAAUUUGAAAAUCAACAUCAUUUCUGUGUCAAACAUGUAUAUUUUGAUAAGGUAAUAGCAGACAUUCAGCUCAUUGUAGAGCCUUCCUUUUUUAUUACACGAUAUUAAAAGAGAUUCCAACACAUUGUGUCUGAACAUGUAAUUGCCCUUCUGAAAACGUAACCUUCUUUUGAUAUAGAUGCUCAUACUUUUUCUGUCUCCAAUAAAUCUGUUUCUUGCUUUCA